AUGGCUGCGCUCGUGGGGUCGGUGGCGCUGCGCGGGCUCCGUGGGCUCCGCGGGCUCCGCGGGCGGACGGCGCGCUCGGCCGCGGGGUUGCGGGGCCUGGGGGGACCCCGCAGGGGCUACGUCCCGGGCCGCGCCGAGAGCCCCCCGACCUUUGGGUUCCUGUUAGACGUCGAUGGUGUGCUGGUUCGGGGCCACAAAGUCAUUCCGGCUGCGCUGGAUGCCUUCGCCAGGCUGCUGGACCCACAGGGGCAGCUGCGGGUUCCUGUGGUUUUCGUCACCAACGCCGGGAACAUCUUACAACACAGCAAAGCCCAGGAACUGUCAGCUCUGCUGAGAUUCAAGGUGGAUCCGGACCAAGUCAUUCUCGCUCACAGCCCCAUGAGGCUCUUUUGGCAGUUCCACAGCAAGCGGAUGCUGGUGUCCGGCCAGGGCCCUGUGGUGGAAAUUGCCCAGGCACUGGGCUUCCAGAACGUGGUUACAGUGGAUGAGCUUCGCACGGCCUUCCCAGUGCUGGACAUGGUAGACCUGGAGCGGCGGCCAAAGACCACGAUCUCAGAAGAGCCGUUUGGUGGCCGAGCCAAAUUGCCAGGGCCGGAGGAAAAUGGACCCCAGGAGGCUGGAAAGCCCCCUCAGAGGAGUGACUUCCCGGCCAUUGAAGGGGUGCUCCUCCUCGGAGAGCCAGUCCGCUGGGAGACAAGCCUGCAGCUGAUCAUGGACGUCCUUCUUAGCAACGGGAGCCCAGGGGCUGACCCGCUGAGGGCCCCCUACCCCCACCUUCCAGUCCUGGCCAGCAACAUGGACCUCCUGUGGAUGGCGGAAGCCAAGAUGCCCAGGUUUGGCCACGGCACCUUCCUGCUUUGCCUGGAAACCAUCUACCGGAAAGUGACGGGCAAGGAGCUGCGAUACGAGGGCCUGAUGGGCAAACCCAGCAUCCUUACCUACCAGUACGCAGAGGACCUGAUCAGGCAGCAGGCAGAGCGGCGGGGUUGGGCCGCCCCCAUCCGGAAGCUCUACGCCGUGGGCGAUAACCCUAUGUCUGACAUCUACGGCGCCAACCUGUUCCACCGGCACCUGCAGAUGGUGAGGCGGGGCCGGACACCGGAGCCGGGGGCCGGGGGCCUGUGGCGGCGGCAGCCCUCGGCGGCCCGGAGCGUCACCUCCAUCCUGGUGUGCACCGGCGUGUACAGCCCGUGCGACCCGGGGCCCGCAGAGCUGGGUGCGGGCACGGAGCCUCGGUACCACGGGCACCGGGACUUCGGCUUCAGCCCGGGGCUGAUGGAGGCGGCGCACGUGGUGAGCGACGUGGGCGAGGCCGUUCGGCUGGUGCUCCGGCAGGAGGGCUGGGCCGCGUAGCCGGACCGCGGGGCCCCGGGGCGGCAGCCGCCCGCCGCACCUGCCGGUGAAACCCCGAGCACCGCUCUGCGCAGUCUGACCUCACCUCCGUGCCUCGGGUCCCUCCUCUCUUCAGGAGGGACUUCUGGAGUCCUGCGGAAGCUUCUGGAGGCUUGGCUCUCACGGAAGCAGCCACUGCAUGACAGCAAGGUUUUUACUGUAUUUUACUUUAUUGCCCAGAGACUCUGGGUCUUAUUUUUUUAAAUUAAAAUGAUCCUAACAGAUAUGAAUUGU